AGCCUUUCGAACACUAUGAAUGGGCCCUCUCCCAACGCCACGUAUGGAGCCAAUGUUAGUCUGGGAAAGAAGAAGGCAAGCGAUGGGACUUCGUCUGCCAGCAGUUCACAAUGCGCGCUCCUUCUGGGUCUGUCGAAGGUCCCUUUCCGAUGUCCUUAAGAAACCCUUUCCUGCCCGCAAAUCCGCCCGCACUUCCGCUCCGAUAUCCUAUAUAUAUUUCCGUCCAGUAUCAAUCGGCAGAGUCUACUACAUCUCAGCGAAUGCAACCUAGCGUUCAUUGCUCCAGGGACAUUGCCUCACGAGCGGAUCGCGCAGAGCCCUUCUGCUGGGCUGGAUGCCGUCAUCUAAUGGUAGGUGACCGCAACCUAUCUCGACUACGUCUACGCACUCAGCUUCGACUGCCUCGUCAACAUCCGCAUCGACUCUGCUCGCGUCUGGGUCAAACAAACUCGGCCACUACUACACCACUUCUAUAUAUACAUGGAGCCUCCAUCAUUGUCCAACUCACCAGGGCAGUUGACCACCAGAGGGCUGCUAUCGAAGGAUAUAUCAAUUCCGCUCCGGUAAAUCAGACCACUGCCAUACAGGGCCAAGUCACGACCACUGAGGCCCCCGGUCCCUCUGUCCAGUGGAAGGGUCUCACUUACUAAGUCGCGGAUAUCCCUGAGAAAACGGAAGUUCCUCAAGCGGCUUGGCUUCACAGGCUCCGUGGACGCAGAUCGUCCUUCAUAUCCACUGCUUGAUUGUGCGAUGAGCAGUCAGGCAUCGCUC